CUGCUCAUGUGACGUGCCUGGGAACAGGAAUCUGGAGAGUGUUUGUAUCAGAAGCACUUCUGCCAGGAUGGAGAGAGCUAGACUCAUCGCUUCUGUAGUGUGCUUGUUAAUAUCAUACGCUGAACCACAGCCUUUCAGUGUCCUUGUGUACAAGACAGAGGUGAAUGCAACAGUGGGUGAUACAGCCAUCCUCCCAGUGAGACCUUCCUCUCCAGUCUCGAGUGGCUUCUGGAAGUUUGACGGUGAGUCAAUCGUCCUCUGGACAGUCGAGCCCCCCAACCUCAACGUCGCCUACACCAAACGCAACGUGCUUCUCUUGGACAACACUUCCCUUCUCCUCUAUUCUGUGGCCCUCAAAGACACUGGAGAUUAUUGGGUGACAAUGGAUUCCCCCACUGGACAAGAGGCCAAAGCCAAGGUCACUUUGAAUGUAUUUCAAAAGUCUGCUCCUUUUACCAUCAGUGUCAAAAGCAGCAAGAUUAAUGUGGUUGCUGGGGACACAGUCAUCCUGUCUGUGAGCCCUUCAGAGGAGGUGAAGAAUGGGAGCUGGAUGUUUGGGGGGAAUGUAGUUGCCUGGUGGCGUGACACAUUCCCAGAGAUCAGCCCCGAUUACACCGGACGGGCAGCAAUAUCUUCCAAGACUUCUCUGAAACUAAAGUCUGUGAGCGCUUUGGACACUGGAGAAUAUGAUGUGACCAUGAGUACAGCAUCUGGCAACACAAGGACAGCUAAGGUUGAGCUGAAUGUCUACGAUAAACCACAGCCUCUCAGCGUCUCUCCAGUGCUCAGCAGCAUCAAUGCAGAAGCUGGAGCCAGUGUCAUCCUUUCUGUACGUAUAUCUGGGGAAGUGAAGAACGGAACCUGGAGCGCCAAUGGCUACACACUUUUCCAGUGGAACGGCACCAAUCAGAAUAUGUCACAGCACAAGUUCCACGAUAUGGACCUCUUACCAAAUGCCUCCCUCCUUCUAACCUCUGUUUACACUUACGGCUUCUCAGAGUUUACUAUCACUCUGGAGUCCCCCUCUGGUAGCAAAGCAUCAGCCAAUAUCACUCUUCAAGUAUUCAGCUUCUCUGCAGAUUGUACAGCCUACAAUAUUAGUCUGGCCAUUUCAAUUCUUCUGGUUUUGGUUUGCAUUUUCUUCAUUGGUAAGCACAUCUACGAGAAGCAACAAAGAGCUAUGGGUGAAAUCCAUGAUCUCCUGACUAUAUUCUGUAAAGGAUAUAGGGCCGGCCUGACGUUAAUGAUGACCUUGGCAUUCUGCUUCAUCAUUGCCUUUUCCAUCGUAAUAAACAAGCAUUGGUGUAGCCCCAGAUCCCGGCCAGCUCUAGACUUUAUUGCUGAAUAGUUUUAUCCAGAUACUUCGACAUGGGCCCUUUAACAGAGGGACACUGAGGGCUUUACCAACACAUCUCCGUACCCCAACCAAGCCAGAAACUACACUGAAACUGACAGAAAAAGCACAACCAGCUGUCCUAUCCAACAGUAUUAUCUCCCUUCACACAACAUCUUAAAGAAUGAUUCAAUUUUCAUCUUCUACAAACUUGUGGGGACCACUCAAUUAUUAAAGUCUAAUGGAAUCACA